CUACAUCUCUUAACACGUAAAUUACAAUUUUAACAAACAUUUUACGAAUCAUUAGUAUAUAUGUCUUCCGGGGUACGAAGGGUCAUUCCCCCGGAAUAAAAUUUUAUGUGCGCUCCUAAUAUAAGGAUUCCCCAAAAGCUGCAACUCUACGCAAUCACCGAUUAUUUCUGAAAGUGUUCAUAGCGAGUAAGUGUUGGGACGAAAUUUUUUAGUGUUCAUGCGAUUGGGGGAGGGGGAGAUUUAUUUUACGAGAAUGUUGUGGGUGUAGCCGAGACGUCGCGAUCAAUACGAGUGGUGUAGACUUGUAGUGCAAGGUCACACGGGCUCGGCGUACUCCGCCCACGUGCGCGCAUGCGCGAACCCGCGCUCCAGAAUCCGCCCGAUGCGCGCUAUUGAUUCGUUCUUCGUGCUAAUUCGCCGCACGUGCGGGCUUCAGGCGAUGGAAACAAGCCCCUGUGUCGGUGACGAUGAACCCUGAAGUGGAUUAACGGCGGUUUCGCCUGUCAUAAUGGCGAACGGGGUUCCAGCUGUGUUCCGAAGGGGUGGCUGGCACCAUUAAAUUCCCCGCCGUCUGGCCGUGGGGGUUGAAUGACCCCGUUCGCCGCUGGAAAUUUUCCACUGUUCCCGCGGCCGCCGAAGGGGAGGUUGCGAUUGGCCGGCGCGGAAGGGAGGGCGGCGCCAGUCUGCAGUCUGGAAGGGGAAGGGAGGCACGCUAGCUUUAAGCCGUGUUCGGCGGCUGGGUCCUCGGCGCCUGUCUCAUUUGUGUCGCGUUACGUUUCCGGUGCGGUUACGCGGCGCUUCCGUGCCUCAUUCAACCCGCCUGCCUCGUCGAGCAAAUCCCCCGCGUGUCCGCCAUGUCGCUGGCCAGUGUCCACCACCCGGAGCUGCACGGCGGGCUGACGCAUCGCAGCCCCAGCAUCGGCAGCCUCGGCAGUUCGCUGGAGGAACUCCGCAACUACUUCAACAACUCGGACACCGUGCUGUCCAUCGAGGAGUUGCGCCUGCAGAUCAACUCCUGCUUCACGUGUGGAGUGAGCUGGCACAAGGAACACGUCUCCCUGGACUGCAGAGAGUGCGGGGGUUACUCGCUCCAGCGGCCCUGCCCCCUCUGCGACGGCCGCUGCAACGCGGUGUGGAAGCGCGACCUCACCAUGUCCCACGCCACCGGCAAGGCGCGCUGGCAGGGCGAGUGCGCGCAGAGGUGCAAGGCUGAGCCCGGCCUGUUCAAGGCCAUCAGCGCGGAGGAGGAGUCCUCCCGGCUGUGCGGCCGCCUCGAGAAGCUGGGAGCCAGCUCAUGACGCUGCACCUCGUGCUAGCGUGGACCAAUGGCAUCGCGGCGAGUGGCGGCGAUAGACUGAUCGGGACUGUUGUUUUUUGUUUUGCUCAACUCCCCCGCCCCCCCCUGUCGUGGGAGGGGGACGCGGCUCCUCGAUAACGUGUUGCCGGCGCCGAGACCUGCCGAGACUUCUGUCGCGGCGUGGCUGAGGUUUCGACGGACUAUUUGGUUUUUCUUCCCCCUUCAAAAAGAUCUGAUGUUGAAUCGAUUUUCAGUUAGGUUCUAGGUGUUGCAGGAUUCAUUUUGUUUGUCAUUACGAAGAACUUGUAAAAUUUAUUGGUAAAUUUCAGCGAGGCAUUAUUUUCACGUUACCGAGGCACGGAAACACAAAUUUAAGACUGAAUUUUUAUUUGUAUUUGAUUGUAUUAAAGUAGUUUCAAUUCAUUUGUCAAAAUUUUUUUUUCUCGCAACAGUUGAUUAAGUGUUACUGAAAUUUGUCUGUUCAGGUUUUAUGUGAAUAAUCUCUGAAUUUUUCGAUAUUCAACUGUUGUAAUUAAUUUAGUUGCCUAUGGAUUUCACGCAGAAAAUAUUUCAAUUUUAGCAUCCAUUAGGAAGUCAUGGUGUUGCUAGUUCUGCAACUGCUGCUGCUUUAUUUUACUUUGCGGUAUUGAAGCUGUAUAAUGGGCUGUUGUGAAAGUAAUUUAUUUCCAGGAGAGUGCCAGUUUUUUUUAGGUUGCAUUUAUACAGUUUUUGUUCCUGUCCACCAUUAUAUGGUGUGUAAUUGUAUAAACUGCUCAUAGAUGUAGCAUAUAUAUUAAGGUUAUUUAUAUUUUUCACAUUUUGUCAACAAUUGUGUGCAUUUAUCACAUCAUACUCUUGUUUCAAUAAUUUCUUAUGAAACUUGUUAAAAAAAGUAUUUUGCAUUGGAAUUAUUCAUCUAAUAAACAGUGUUCAUGUGAAA